CAAAAAGGAACAAAAACAAAAGCCUAAAAUUGAGACAAACAAACAACUAAAUGCCUAUGUUUAGUAGUAUAAAACACGAUAUUGCUGAAUUAUGAAGGACUCCUAGUGAUUUGUUUAUUUAUUUAUUUUGAGCAAAUUAAGUGGGAGAUAUAUAUCAUCUGGACAGUCCCUGCAAAGGAAGCAUAAGUUGGUGAUGUGAUGGAGCAGCAGCAUCAUGGCGGACUUGAAAUUAGCCCACUAUUGGUCGGCCUUCUGGGAGUCAUGGCCGGCGCUCUGAUAGUCGCAACCCUCCAUUGCAUCAUGGUUCGCUGGUGCUGUGAUACUGAAAGUGAAAGAUCGCCGGCUAGGAGGAGGACGAUUCCGACAGCCCCAGCGAAUUCAGCUGCUGCUGAUUACAACAGGGAACAGGCCACCAGUAGCAGCGGAAGCUUCUCAAACGUGCUGCCGGUCAUCAUAACCUCCAACUACAACGACAGUACUAGCAAAGAAUAUUCCAAAGAAGACGAUGACAUAUGUGCCGUAUGCUUGAGCGAGUUUAAUGUAGGCGAUGAAGUUCGGGUCUUGCCUGAGUGCACGCAUACUUUUCAUGGGUCGUGCAUUGACAGGUGGUUGCAUUCGCACCGUAACUGCCCGCUCUGCCGUGCUGAAACCUUGCCAUCUUGAUCUUCCCCUAGGGAUCUUGUUUGUUCGCUGCCCCGUGCUGCCACCGGUGCUCUUCCUCCACCACCUCAGUUGUAUGCUACCAUUCCUCCCUCCUCCUGCUUAAUUAUAGUCAGUUUAUGAUUUUUGCGCCUCCUCACGUCCCGCCAGCAUACCAUGUGAGUA